AAGAGGAGGGAAGCGAAGGGAGUGCUGGGGAGGAAGUUUCUGAGAGUGAGUGUGGGAGUGAGAGGGGAGAGGAGGGGAGCUUGGCGAGUGAGGGAGAAGGCGAGGAUGAGAGGGAAGAGGGCAUCGUAGGGAGGGAGGAGGUGGAGAGGGAAGAGAUGGAGAAGGUAGUGAUGGAAGAGGAGGAAGGGAUUGAUAGCGAAGAGGGGGCUGAAAUAAAGAACGAAGAAGCAGUAGAAUCGGACAAAUCACAAGAGGCACAAGGGGCAGAAGAGGCAGCAGACAGACGAGCGGAGAAAUUACUGGGGGUAGCUGUGGAGGGGGUGAGUGAGGAGGGGGAAAGUGAAACGACUGGUGGUUGUGAGGACGAGGGUAAAGUAGUGUGUGAGGAGAGUGCUGAGAGUGCUGAGAGUGCUGAGAGUGCUGAGAGUGUGGAAGAGGGAGAGGAGGGAGAAGGAGCGGAGGAGAGUGUGGAGUUGAGUGGUGUGGAGAGAGUGGAGGGGAAGGAAGAAGCUUCUUCGUGCACUGAUGAGGGGAGUGUGAUGGGAGGAGGGGGUCGCGUUGGUGAGGAAAGGGGUGAGAAAGCACGCCUGGUAGCGAGCGCUGACCUGGUGGGAACUGUUCUUGAUGCUGCUGAUGUGGCAGUCGGUGCUGAUGUGGCAGGAGCUGACGUGGCUGAAGAUGCGUGUGUGUCAAGUUGUGCUGAUGUGGCAGAAGGAGUUGAUGUGUCAAGUGGUGCUGACGUGGUAGAAAGUCCGGAAGCAUGUGACAGGCAAGCAGGGAAGGGAGUGAGGAGGGAAGAGGAGGGAAGUGAGGAGGGAAGUGAGGAGGGAAGUGAAGAGGAGAGUGAAGAGGAGAGUGGGGAGACGAUGGGAGUGGACGAAGCUGGUGUGGAGGAAGAGAGCGAUGUGGUUGAGGAGAGUGUGGAGGAAGAGAGCGGUGGGAUGCUUGCUCUGCCGCCGCUGGUGGUGAUGGCUCGUAGUGACGAUGGUGUGGAGGAAGAGGGGGAAGAGAGUGUGGAGGAGGGAGUGGAGAGAGAGGAGCACCAGGAGGGAGCUGAGGAUGAAAGGGAGGAUGAGGAGGUGGAAGUGAAGAGAGAGGAGGGAGAGGGGGAAGAGGAGGCGGUAGUGGAGGAGCACGAGUGUGGUGAUGGGGAGGAAGAGGAGGUGGAGGUAGAGGAGGGAGAGGAUGAAGAGGUAGAAGAGGAGGGAGAAAUUUACGAGUAUGUGAACGAGGAGGAUGUUGAGGAAGGGGAGGAAAUCGACGAAUUGACAGGGGGGGAAGUGCCAAUAGAGGGAGAGGAGGGAGAGGAGAUAGAGGAGGGAGAGGGGAUAGAGGAGGGCGAGGAGAUAGAGGAGGGCGAGGAGAUGGAGGAGGGCGAGAGGGCAGAGGGAGAGGAGGCAGAGGAGGCAGAGGGAGUGGUCUAUGAGUUUGUGAGCGAGGAGGAUCUAGAGGAAGGGGAGGAAAUAAUUGAGUAUGUGUAUGAAGACGAAGAGGAGGAAGGGCAGGAGGGAGAGGAGGGAGAGGAAGAAGGGGAGGAAGGAGAGGAGAAGGUGGAGGUUGGGAAGGAGGAGCCGUUAGCAGAGGCAAGGGAUGAGGCAGAGGGAGUGGAGGAGGAAAGGGAAGAGUGUAAGGAGGAAGAGGAGGGAGUAGAAGAAUAUGAGAUUGUGGAGGAAUUGGAAGAGGAUGAUGGGGGAGAGGGUGGGGAGGAAGGAUAUGAGGAGGGGGAGGAGGGCGAGGGAAUGGAGGAAGUUGAUAUACUGGAGGGUGAGGGAGAGGAAGAGGGAGAAGGGGAGGAGGCGAUGGAGAUAUUAUCCGAAGAUGAGAGAGAGCAGAUGUUGGAUGAUGAUGAUGAGGAGGAGAGGGAGGAGAGAGAGGAGAGGGAGGAGGAUGGGGAGGUGGAAGAGGGGAUUGAAGGAGAGGAGAGUGUGGGCGAGGUGACGUUGGAUGGUGGGGAAGAGGGGAAGGGGAAGGAAUGGGGGGAGGAGAGUGAGGGAGAACUGAAUAGGGAGGGAGAGGAGGGUGAGGUAGGAGUGGGAAAUGAGGAGGUUGGAGAGGGAAGGAAGGGAGAGGAGGGGAAAGAGGAAGUGGACGAGGAGGAAAGGGAGGGAGAGGAGGGAGAGCGUGGACCAGGAAGUGAGGAACACAAUAAUGAGGAUGGGGAAGGGGAGGGGAGUGGUGAGGAAGGUGAGGAUGUGAGUGUGGGUGGGGAGGAGGGGAGUGAGUAUGGGGAUGAUGUGAGCUUGGGGAGUGGGGAGGAGUACGAGGAGGUUGAGGAGUAUGAGGAGGUGGAGGAAGAGCUAUCUUACACUCUGAGCGAAGAGGAGGGUGAGGAGGAAGUGGGUGAGGGAGGGGAUGGGGGAGAACAAGAGGGAGAGCAAGAGGGAGAGGAAGGAGAGGUCCUUCCAGGAAUGGCUAAGAACAGGAGGAGCUCCGGCGUGGGAUCUUCGGAUCCCACCGGCGCCGCUGCCGGGCUGUCUAGAAGCGGCAAGCCGGUAGGCGUGUCGGGCCGGCUGGUGAACGUGUUCGAGCAGCUGUGGAACCGUCGCAAGUUCGACAUUCUGGGACGCAAGGUCAAGGGCGAUGUUCGCGCCAAGUCCAUCGGCAAGGCUAGGAGCGCGGCUGUGGAGAAGAGGAAGGCGACGCUGCUGCAGGAGUUCCAGCAGCGCGGCAAGGCGAACCUAUUUCUGGAUCGGAGGUUCGGCGAGGGCGACGAGUCCAUUCCCGAGGGCGAGAAGGCCAUCGUGCGAUUCCAGAAAGAGCGCAUGGCCCAGCUGAGUCGCAAGAACCGGUUCUCCCUUGGGGAUGACGACGAGAGUGAAGACGACGACGACGGAGGCGGAGGAGGAGGCGCGGGCAGGCGCAGCGGCAGGCGGGCGGCGGCGAGCGAGGACGGCGACUUGCGUCUGACGCACGGCGGGCGCGACAUUGACGACUUUGACGACUCGGACGUGUCUGGCUUUGGGGAGGAUGAGGACGAUGAUGACGGAGCACUGGGCGAUCAGAUUGUGAGCGAGUAUCAUUUCGGUGGUGGCUUCGUGCCCAAGGCCAAGUCGGCCACAGACGCACAUGAGGGGGGAGAGGAGAGACAGAAGACGAAGCGCAAGGUGAUGGAGGAGGUGAUGGCGAAGAGCAAGCUGUUCAAGGCGAAGCGGCAGGCGGAGAAGGAGGAGGACGAGCAGCUGCGCGAGCAGCUGGACGCGGACUUCCGCCAGAUCGCGCAGACAGACGCGCUGCUCGCGCUCACGCGCGCGCCCAAGGGAGGGAAGGGCGGGAAAGGGGAGGAGAAGGCGGGAGGGGGAGGCGGAGGCGGAGAGGGAGGGGCGGGGAAAGGAGUGGCCGCUGCGGCUGAAAUGGACGACAAGCAGUACGACGUGUUGGCGAGGGAGAUGGUGUUCGACAUUCCCUCUUUCUUCCACUUUUCACCCUCUCUCUCUAUCCCAUGUUUCCGUCAGGAGAUGGACGACAAGCAGUACGACGUGCUGGCGCGGGAGAUGGUGUUUGACAUCCGCGCCAAGCCGGGGGAGCGCACCAAGACAGCAGAGGAAGCGGCAGAGGCGGAGAGGGCGCGGCUGGUGAAGCUGGAGGCUGCAAGGAAGCGGCGUAUGGAUGGGGAACCUAGUGACGAUGAGGAGGAGGGGGAGGAAGGGGAGGAGGGGUCGACAGCAACAGCAGCAGAGCAGGAGGAUGAGGAGGAAGAAGAUGAGGAGGAGGAGGACGACGAAGAGGAAGAAAAGGAGGAGGCGGAGCGCAUAGAAAGGGCGUUUCGGCGGCGCGAGCUGCCAUACGUGAUAGAGGCCCCGCAGCAGCUCAAAGACCUGCAGCGGCUGCUAGAGGGGCGCGCAGCAGCGGAGGUGGGCGUGGCGAUCGCGCGCAUCCGCGCGUGCAACGCCGCGCACCUGUCCCCAGACAACAAGCGCAAGAUGCAGAUCUUUUAUAACGUGCUCCUACAGUAUUUCGCGUCUCUGGCUAGUGAUGGUGCCUCUGGGGUGUCUCAGCGGGUGGGGGAGGAGGAGGAUCAGCCAGGGAAGAAGCAGAAGCAGCAGCACGAGCAGCAGAGGCAGCAGGUGAAACAGGAAGGGGUGAGCAAGUCCGAGAAGGGGAGACAAGAAGGAAAGACACAGAAGCAACAGCAGGAGCAGGUGGAGGGGUUGGAGGAGGAGGAGGCGACGAGUGAGUUGCAGAGGAGGGCGCCGUCGGUGGCAGCAGCGCACAUCAACGCGUUGGUGCAGCCGCUAGUAGAGCUCUCCGCGUCCUUCCCGCUCUUUGCUGCUGUCUGCGCACGAGAGAGGCUCGCCCGCAUGCAGAAACGCCUCGUCACGCGCCUCAAAGCCGGAGAGCCAGCAUGGCCCACGGCCCGUACGCUUCUCUUGCUGCGUCUCUGGGCGCUCAUCUUUCCUUCCUCUGACUUCCGCCACCCCGUCAUGACGCCUGUCUCGCUGCUGCUCGGCCAAUUCCUCUCCUGCUGUCCCGUGCGCUCCACCAAGGACGUCGCUGCUGGCCUCUUUAUAUCCGCUCUCCUCCUUAAUAUGGUGUCGCAGAGCCGUCGCUUCGUGCCAGAGGCGCUCAACUUCCUGCACGCGCUGCUUUGGAGCGCCGUUGCUCCUGCUCUCAAACCCGUCAAGCCCAAGGGAGUGCCGCGCUACAUGCUGCUGCAGGUGUGCUCGCAGCAGUGGCUGUGGGCGCCGUGUGGCGACGGCAGCAACCACCGCAAGCGCAAGCGCGAGCCGCUGGAAGACAAACCCGAGGCCCUCGACUUUGACCGCAUCUUCCUCGGACCAUCCAGCACCGCUCCAACUACCAACACCACCACUGCUAACCCCUUUGUUUCCACGAAUCCUACCAGCGACGCUAACCCCUCGCCCUCCGCUUCUCCUGCUGCUCCUCCUCCCACCCUGUUGGGUGUGGAAGGCAGUGCAGCAGGGACCGUGGCAGAGGCUUACUUUUCAUCUGACGUCUUCCGGCUGAGUCUGCUGCUAGCAGUGCUCAAGACCCUCCGCUCCUUCGCGCUGCUCUACCGCCCCAUGCAGCCCUUCCCCGAGAUUUUCUCGCCCUUCCUGCCCACCCUCGCUGCCCUCGCGGAGUCCGGGCAGCUGCCCGAAGAAAUCGAGCAGGAGCGGGCAGCGUGGGUGAAGGAUAUCGAGGGGGCGGUGGCGGAGGUGGAAGGUUCCAGGCAACCGCUGCGGCUGAGGGUGAAUCGGGCCGUGCCUGCGAAGCAGUUCAACCCCAAGUUCGAAUCUGAUUUCGCCCGCGGCAAGGACUACGAUCCCAACAGGGAGCGCGCGGAGCAGCGGCGGCUGCAGCGAGCGAUCAAGCGUGAGGCACGGGGGGCAGCGAGGGAGCUGCGCAAGGACAACCAGUUCCUCGCUGCCGCCCGCGCACACGAGGCUGCGAAUGCAGCGGAGGAGCGGCGGGAGAAGAACCAGCGGGCCAUGGCGUUUAUGGAGCAGCAGGCGCACCUUAUGUGCGGAAGAGCGGCGGGAGAAGAACCAGCGGGCCAUGGCGUUUAUGGAGCAGCAGGCGCACCUCAUGUGGUCGGGGCAACUUUGGCGGACGAGGGGAGGGGCCAGCAGCGGCAGGGGCAGGCGUUAGGAGGCAAAAAGGGGAGUGCGGUGAUGGAAGGGGAUGAAAGGGAAGCAGCAGCUGCUGUGGAAGAGGAAGGCGAGGAGCGGCGGGAGAAGAACCAGCGGGCCAUGGCGUUCAUGGAGCAGCAGGCGCACCUCAUGCAGCUGGGAAAGAAGAGAGGCGACUCAAGUGUCACCUGUGUAGGAGGGAAGGCGAGGUGCCAGGUGUAA